GGUGCCUGAAAAAAAAAAAAAAAAAAGAAAGGGCCCUUGAGCGCGUUUCUUGCAACACAAACGGGUCGGUCAAUUUUGGUGGCAAGCCACUACUACAGAAACCAAGUUGAAGGAAGAAGCGCGCCUUUCGAACCCCCCGAUUCCCUUUGGCGACACAGACGCGAACGCAACAUGGACUCGGAUCGAUCAACACCAGGUUACGACAGCAGGAACUCGCCUGCAGCACAGGAGCGAGUCAAGACUGAGUCACAGCGUGGAGCGGUCAAAAGCAUCGGCGAGAUAUUGAAUGCAGACCGCGAGGGUUCUACAGCAUCCUCAGCAACAGGUGUUACAAAUCCACUGGCGGGCCUAUCUAAGGCAGAGCUCACCGCCAUGCCUAUCAGACCCUAUCUAGACCAGACCGUACUACCUGUCCUACUAGAAGGAAUGAAGCAAUUAGCCAAAGAGAGGCCACAGAACCCGUUGGAAUACCUCGGGCAUUUUCUUUUGAACCACAGUGAUACUAUCGGUCGUUCUCCUGGACCAUGAUUAACCAAUGUGCGACUCAACAACUGUAGACUAUCCCUUCGCCCUUGUAUAUAAAAAAAGCAAAGCACCAGAUCCAAAUGUACAUCCUGAACAUGAUAUAAAAAGUCAUCAAGAAUGAGGUCUGCCUGCUUGAGAUCCUGAAGAGUUUCG